GUAGAAGUUGGAAACAGGAAGUGAAUAAUGGGUUGUUAUGAAGAGGAGAGGAGUGUCGAUCAGAGGAAGAAGCAUCCAAUAUCGUUGACAAUGUCUCUCUUUAACGCGAGUGCCUUGUUUAUUAUGUUGUUAAUGUACGGUAUCGCAACUGCAUCAACCGAGGGCGUAAACACCAUUAUCCCAGAUUCCAGCCAAGAAGGCGCAGUUCUGGGACCGGUUGUGUCCGAGUUGGCCGUAUCCCAGUCUAGUUUUGGUCCACACUCCUCUCUCAACUUCAUGUCAGCUUUUACAGAAGAUCUGGAGGGCAGCGAUUAUUGCGUCGAGCUACUGCGUAUCUUUGGACAGCGAUACGUUUCGAAUGUCAAUUGCUUGGUGUCUAAUGCGCGUCCUGUUCAAGUGUGUGAAAACUGCUUAGUCCAUUACAGCAGUCUGAUUGAGAUCUACACCAACAUCUCAUCGGACCAGAUGGGCCCUGGCAACGUCAGCUGCAGGGACAGUCUCCUGCGCUCCGACAGGCUAAUGCUAAUCUAUCUGCUGUAUGACAACCUGGAGGAGAUCUGGACUACCUCAGGCUGUGACCAUUGUGUCAACAAAGGACUUAACCAGCUGACCAAUGACACAUUUUACUUCAUGGCUGUUCUCAACCAAACCCUAUCCUGCUUUGAGAAGUACCAACAGCAGGGAAACCACACAGAGCUUUGUAAGGAGUGCAAGGUGACAUACAAGGGACUGAAUGAGCUGUAUGGACGCAUGGAGAAGAACAGCACUCUGUGCAUUGACAUCGAGGACACGAUGAAUAUGACCCGUAGACAGUGGAGCAAGAACUUCAAUUGUUCACUGCCCCGCGAGGAGACGGUUCCUGUCAUCGCCGUGUCCAGCUUCAUGCUCUUUCUGCCCAUCAUCUUCUACUUGAGCAGCUUCCUUCACUCUGAACAAAAGAAACGCAAGCUCAUACACCCCAAACGGGCAAAGUCCAGCACCAGUCUCAUGAACAUCCAGGAUAAAUUCAGCUGAGUGGAGCAAGGGAUGAGGAGGAAUAGGAACGGUAUCCUACUCAGUUUGUCCAGAACAACUUCUGGGAACCUCUUGAAAUGAAUUGUAAUUUAUUUGACUGUGGUCUGCUUGACACCAAUGGCAGGACUCCACAAAAGGACCCUGUGAAGUCCAAACAGGACAAUGCCAAAUCAUCAGUGUUAAAAUAUGAAAUGUUUUUUAUUUUUAUGCAUUGAAUUCAAUUAAAAUUAAAAUGUUAAAAGUGCAAAGCUGAAACCUAUCUGCACUACCCCCCAUCACCACCACCAUAAACUACCAUAGUCAAAUACAUACAAAACAUAAGGCCCGCUUCCCAUAGAAGGUAUAUGCUGGACUAUACUGGGGCUUGGAUGACUACAGACCUACCAGCUGCUAUGUGAGGUUGAAGUAUUAUGUGUGUUAUUUAUCUGUUCCUGUGAGGAAGGAAGAAAUGGGUUUUGUGUCACUAAUGUGAGCCCACUGUAAAGCUGGUCAGGACAGACAGAAAGCACUUGAUGGCCAUUAGUGGUGACACAUAUCCUCAGUGUUAAGGGAGGGAGGGAGGGAGUGGAGAAGGCCACAUCUGAAAUACAACAUAAAAAAGGAAAUAAAUAAUGUAGCCUAUAGGUGAGAGCACUCCAUGGUAUCACAAACAUGUGUGGGUUUCUUUCCUUGCCAAGGAGCUAUUAAGCUUUUUGUCCAACUCGACUAGCUUCUAUUAGCCUGCUAACUGGGCUGCUAUGAACGUCUCCAAUUCUCCAUAUUCAUCUGAUAAUGUGAAUUUGAUUCACUGUAAUUAGAUGGGUAGCCUAUUACACAAUUUAAGAUAUGUUGUCAUAUUGUAGCCUCUUUAGAGUGAAUGUUUACAUAAAGAAGCAUUUUUGACAAACUGCUUAUCAAACAAGAGUAUCAAAUGGACUAUUAGUUCUGAUCAGGAGAAUUAAUUUAAUGUGUUCGUUGAAUAUGUAGGCUAUUUAAAAAACGUUAAUUUCUAAAACUUUUUAAAGGGGUAAGAUUACAAUCUCAACCAUCUUUAUUUCCCAUCAGAACUAUUCAGUCAUUAUAAUAUCACCUAAUAAAACAUUGUAUGUGUCAA